AUGUCCACCCUAUCGUCACUUGAGAAAUACAGCUUGUUUCGUGGGACCUUGAUGCUGGCAAUCAGUGUGGUAGUUCCAUUUGUUGGUCCAGAAACAUUUUUGAAAAUGCUACCCAACUUGGGUUUCCCAAAAGAGCUCGCAACUGCUUCUGGGGCCACUGUGAGCAUUGCAGGGUCGCUAAUGAUGCGAGAUUUGGGACUUGGUGUGGGCCAUCUUUUAGCUGCCAAGUUGAAAAAUGAGGUAUUGUCACGCUCCAUGGCAUUGGUCCAUGCUUUGGAAAUUGUUGGUAUCCUUUGCUAUUCGCCUUACGCUGCAAUGUUGAGCUUUUCUCCAUUUCUGGCUCUUGAUGCAGUGGCAAUCUUUGUGCUACCUGGACCUGAUGAUGCUGGCAAAAGAAAAUCCAAGUGA